GAGGCGUGUAUCCGCAAUCCCUUGCUCAUUCGAUCCAUCAACACAGGCAUUCCAAGCAGAGGCGCUAGUAGAGCUCGUCGAUCGGCAAGCAAGCGGCGAGGCGGAGGACUUCGGUUUCGUGCGGCGGCGGCAGCGAGGAGAUGGCUUACGUGCCGGUGUGCGUGCAGUGCGGGACGCACAGCAACCCGUGCAGGUGCAAGGUGCUCGGCCCGACGCUGGGUUUCGUGGCGUUCGUGGUGGCCGGCGUCGUGGAGUGGCCGCUCGGCGCGUUCGUGUACCUGUUCCGCCACCGCAAGGGUCGCCGCAUCAUGGGGCACCCGGCCAACGUCGUCUACCCGCGGAUCACCAGCGCGAUCCCCAUCUAAUCGACCCGGCGUCCGCUGAAAAGGUGGGAAAAAAAAUACUUGACCGGCGCGAUCAAUAUAUAGGCGGCCGGUGGGAAUGUGCCGUAAUUAAAUGUGUGUUUAUGUUUUAUAAACGCUUUCGACAUGUUCAAUAAAAACCCUGGUUCAUGCUGUAACUUCUAAGCAUCGACGUGGAUGUAUGUAUAUGUACGUAAUAUUUCUCAUCAAUGUAAAUGGUUAUUCCAGCAUGGCUACUCA